AUGGCACAAAAAGCUCGAAAGGAUAGAGCAAGGAAUAAUGUGAAUUCUCUAAAUAAACUUCAUAUCGGAACCCUCCUUUUGAACUCGAUAUUUCUUCUUUCCAACUAUUUUCUCAGCAAGCGUUCUCUGUUGGCAUACUUUCUUCUUUCUAUACCAUCCUUUGUUUCCGAAUAUAUUCUCGAGACGACCGGACGUCCGAAGUUCGAUACUAAAACGAAAGCUAUCAGAAGCUCCGGAGAAGACCUAUCAGCAUCGGGCCUGACAGAGUACAUGUUCGACACAGUGUGGCUGACUUGGUCAUCUCUUAUUUCGGUCAUGAUUUUUGGAAAUUGGGGCUGGUUAAUUUUGGCAGCUGUACCGAUUUAUGGAGCUUACAAAGGUUAUACACUGUUAGGAAUGGCAAGAGGCAUGCUUGGGCCCCAGACAUCAGACAAUUCCGCAACAAAACCAAAAAGAAACCAGUGA